AUGGACCGCGAAGCAUCGAUGGUCGACCGACAGAACCAGCAACGAACAGAAUGGCUCUCAUCCAAAGUGAACCGUCUCAAGUCCCUCGCUUUGGACAUUGAAGACGAGUCAAAAGCACAGGCCCAGGGACUUCUGGACGAUGUGGGCAAUGACAUGGACGGAGUCCGGGGUUUCCUGGACGGUACCAUGAAUCGGGUCAACUACAUGGUUCGGAAUGGGCGGCAAAACCGGAGAUUUACGUGCUACGUCGUCCUGUUUGUCCUGGGCUUCCUUUUCGUGCUGUACCUACUCAUGGCCCGGGCCUGGGCCAGCACCGCGUGA